AUGAAAUCAGCCGAGCUGGAGCGAACGAAUACGGCCUUACACGAGAUUCAAGCAGCUGGACUCGUUCGGUCCGAAUGUGGAAAUUGCCCUGUCCUCCAAGAAGAAAUCCAAGUCCUCCAAAGAAGGAUUAGAGCGCUCGAAACUACUGUCAUUAACGAGGUCAACCGAACCGAGGGACUUGAAGCCUCUCUCGCCGAGGCAGGCAACUCACUCCGCGUCAGCGAACAGUGCACUCCAGAAGCCGUUGAACAGCUGGACCAUGAGAGAGUCCAGUUCCAACUGGCCCUGCAGGAACAACGAGAGAGCCGGCUCGACCUUGAGUGGACAACAGAGGAUCGAGUCCGUGCCAUGAUCACGGAACGAAAAUCGAAAGGAGCCGAAGAAGUACUACUGGAACGGACUCGAGUCGAGGCCGAACGAGGACAGUUUACGCUAGAGCGUGCAGCAAACGAAGAAGUCUUGGCGCGUAUCUCUGAAGGGCUGGCGAACCAAGACGCUAUCAUGCGCCUCCUCGAGGAUGCUGAGGAACAAUUGCGCAGUGAUCGGGAAAAUCAUGAAGCUAUGUUAGCCCAAGCCUACGCCCAACUUGGACGUCAGCAAACGAACCUCGAGAUUGAGAAGCGCAACGCUACCCUCAAAUCGCAGGCCGUGCGCAUUCGACCGAGCCCGAUACUGACUCCCUACAGUUCCCCUUCAGCCUCUCGGAAGGGAUCUCCCACGAAGGGUGCCUCAUCCACGUACGAGUCAGCCACCAUGGCUCCUGGCUCAGUCUCCGUAGUCUCGACCCCUCGCCGAGCCUUCGAUUACCUCGAACGCCCUCACUUCAUGCAGCAAACCGAGACGAGACAGUCACGGAGUCCACGUCGUUGCAACCACCAUUGUAUCUCUACCCGGUGGUCGUACCACCCGUUCCAGUGGCUCCGCCUCCGGCGACACGUCCAGAGUACAGUAGGUUUGGUCAAACGGGGAGAGGGCCUCUCAAUAUGCCGAAACCGGGGAGUGCGAGCUUCGACAACGGGCCCCCUAGAUACCUCACGGCAAAUCAAGGAAAUUCUGGCAGACAACCAGGCCAAGGACCCGGCGGAGGGCCUGGAGGGGACCCUCCCCAUGAUCCCAACGGCCCUGGGGGAUACAAUCAAGGUAGCUAUGGGGGGUUUUCUGGACGACACGGAGGACCACCACCUGGACCUCCGGGAGGAGGGGGUGACUAUGGAGGCAAUGACCGAUGCACGGAAGUACGCCCCGAAACUAGACAGUGCGGACCGAACGAUCCCUCUCGAGCAUUUCCUUCCCCGGUUCAACGAGCUACUUGAAGAGUACGACAUUACCGAGACUCAACUUGUCCGCAUCUUCGACGAUCGGUUAACUUCCUCAGGGCAGAUCACCGACGCAGCGCGCGAUGCUGGACUACAAUCCGACCGAGCUGUAGUCAUGCUGAUCAACGGAUGUGAUGACUCCAAAGUCUCAAAUUGUCUCCAAGGGGCCGCAACACGCCCCGAGUCGAUCGAAGAUAGCCUUGAAUACUUACGAUACCGCGAUCGAUACCACGGCUCCGACAACUCCCACGAAGUCGAACCGAGGGACACCACGAGCCUCGGCGGCCCCGACCGGUGA